GGAAAUCCCCCACCUAGCUGUAGGCUCCUCCCCCCCGCUGCAGCAGCCACAUAGAGGGCAUUCACAGAGUGCUGCACAAGUCCACCACACAGUAGACUACCAACGCGCCUUGAUCACAAUGGACCUCCACAGGACCAGUAUACUAAACCAAAUGGAUUAUACCCGGGAGAAUAAAGAAGGGAAGCCGGUUCAGUCGACGGAUGAUCGGCUGGACAGCGGCUUGGACUCCCUGAAGGAAGAGGAGUACCAGGCUGUGGCGGCCGAGAUCCGGCGGCUCCAGGUGGACUGUGAGCCGCAGAGUAACCACCAGGCUCCGGGUGGAACUGGAGAGCUGCAGGAGUGGAAAACACAGAUCAGAGACGGAGACACGCUGCUCCACCUGGCCAUCAUCCACGAAGCCAAAGACUACAUCCGAUCAAUGAUCGAAGUGUCCAAGAACACAGACUUCCUCAACACUCAAAAUGACCAGAGACAGACUCCGCUCCACUUAGCCGUAAUAACGAACCAGGCAGAUGUGUGCCAGCGUCUCCUCGUGUCUGGCUGCGACCCCACUCUGGUGGACGACAGCGGGGACACGCCUCUUCACAUCGCCUGCCGCCACGGCAAUCUGUUGUGCUUCAGCGUCAUCACACAGAACUGUCAGCCGGAGCAUUUACACAAAGUGAUGGCUUCCUGCAACUAUCAAGGUCAGAACUGCCUCCACCUGGCUUCAGUUCAGGGUUUCCUCUCACUGGUAGAAAACAUGGUGGAUUUAGGAGCUGACAUCAACUCAAAGGAGCAGCGUAACGGUCGCGGUGCCCUCCAUCUGGCGGUGGACCAGCAGAAUCUCUCGCUGGUCCAACUACUGCUGAAGAAAGGAGCAGACGCAAACCUUCUUACCUCCGGAGGUCACACUCCCUACCACCUCACCUACGGUCGCGACAAUGACGACAUCAGGAAAGAACUGUUCUCACUGACGGAGCCAGACAUGAGGGAGCUGCCCGAGAGUGAAUCGGACGACAGCGAGGCGGAGGAGGACGAGGAGUCUGACGAGGAGGUGAGUUAUGACGACAUCCAGUGGAACGGACACUAGAGACAUGAGAGAAAGAGGGGAAAUUACAGAGGCAGGAGGUUGUGAUGAUGAGAAGUGGCUCAGCAUGUCUACUACUUCCUGCAAUGACGUCAGAAGAGCCCUGAUGGUGUGGGCGACAUGGCGCCGGCGUGAGCGCUGACUAAACAGAUGGACAGGCAGCUGCAAAAAGGAGGAUCCAAAGAGGACUGAUGAUGUUUAAAUAAACCAAAAAGUCUGCUCCGGAGCUGCAGGAGAGCAAAUACUCGCUGAGAUGUGAAUAUAUGUCACGUUUUGAUGGAAUGGGUUUGCUGUACGCCUCGUGGUAUGCUUGUAUUCUGUGUCUGAUUUGUCAGAAAACCCUCCAUCCACACAGAUGUACCUGCAACAGCUCUGUUGUAUGAUAUUGUAAAUGCUGUGUAUAAAAAGAUGUAUUUUUUAUGGAAGCUGUGAAUGUUUAGAGUUGAGCAGUUGUAAUGUAAAUGUUAGACAGCACACUCCAGUUAAAUUAAAGACACUCAUAUUUAACAGUAAA